AUGGAGCUGGGCGGCGGCAGCGAGUGCGCCGCCAAGCGCCAGGGGCUCUCCUCCUCCGAUACCGCCGCCGCCGCCGCAGGCGAGGACCGGCUCAGCGCGCUCCACGACGACGUCCUCGUUCUCAUCCUCCUCAAGCUCACCACCCGCGCCGCCGCUCGGACCAGCGUCCUCUCCCACCGCUGGCGCCGCAUCUGGGCUCUCCUCCCGGUGCUCAGAUUCACUUCGCCCCCCGAGCCCCACCGGUUGCGCCACGCCCUCGACGACCACAAGGUGCUCCUCCGCGACUUCCUCGUCGGGGCCGACGGCGCCACCGCCGAGUCUCUAGCGGUCUGGCUCCCCGCCGCCGCGCGCCGUGUCUCCGGCGACCUGACCCUUAAAACCUACGGUCCGGUGGAAGAUGCGGGGGAGAGAGGCGCUUUUGAGUUCCCCUGCUUUGAGAAGGCCACCACGAUCUCCUUCUUCUUGGGUUUUCAGGGCCUCGCCGUGCCUCUCACCGGCGUCUUCACUCGCCUCACCGGGCUCCACCUGAGCCGCGUCUGGUUCCACGGCCCAGGCGAGCUAGGAGACGCCGUGUCCUCGCCGCGGUGCCCGUGCUUGCAGAGGCUCACCGUCGAGGAUGCCCGUGGGCUGAGGGAUCUCGCCAUACAUUCUGAGUCUAUGCUGUUGAUGGAACUCAGGGGCUUGCAGGCCUUGUCUCGGCUCACCGUUGUGGCGCCGGCGCUCGAGGAGUUAACUGUGGCAUCUUGUUUUCUCAAGAGUCCACCAAUCGCCAACAUUUCGACCCCUCUGCUCACGAAACUUGAUUGGAUUGAUGAAUAUGACCCGAGCUCUGUCCACCUUGGCAAGAUGGCACAUCUUCAAUGGCUGGGAACUGGCUUUUAUCUUGUUUAUGGAAAUGGUGGUUUCCUGCACAAUCAGUCUUGUUUGAGUCUCUUGCAGCACUUUGAGGGCAUCAAAAGUCUUUGUCUAACGCUGGCGUAUCUACGGGGUAUAGAGAACUAUGACUACAUGAUGGAAGACAUGGCAAUGCUCCCAGACAUUACAUUUUUGCGCCUAAUGGUAAUGGCAUAUGGACAUGCCUUUGAGGUCAGCGCAUUCCAUGUUCUCAGAUUGUGUACUGGUAUAAGAAGGUUGAUGCUGCUGUUUUUGUCAGAGGCCGAAACUGUAUGCACAUCCGAUUGCAAAUGCCUUCAGCUAAUAGAGUGGGAAACAGAGGAACUCUUGUUGAAUCACCUUGAAGAAGUAGAAAUCUUUGAAUGGCGAGGAACUAAACAUGAAGUUGCUUUUGUGAAACGACUUUUUGAUUGGGGGACAAUGAUUAAAGAGAUGACAGUAAAUUUCUGUCAUUCAAUCUCUGAUGUCAAGGCCAAGGAGCUGUACCAAUCAUUUCAGAGUUUCUCUAGGCCAGGAGUAUGCAUGAAAUUUUACCGAUGUCAGAUUCGCUCCGAGAAGUCUAGUAAGGUGUUAUAUGCACCUAAGGACUAG